GCUGACUGACGGUCACAUGGGUUUUAACGUUCAAACCGCUUUGACCAGCCCAGAGCGUGCUUGGCUAACGUUAAUGUCUCGAAAGUAGCCUUUUAAAAUGCCCGAUCUCAGUAUUCGUCUUUUUCCAAGAUGGCGUCGAUGAGGGAGAGCGACACCGGCCUGUGGCUCCACAACAAACUUGGAUCGACAGACGAGCUGUGGACACCUUUGAGCAUCGCCUCCCUACUAACAGUGUCAGUCAUCGACAACAUACGCCUGUGUUUUUCCACCCUUUCACCUCCGGUGAAGCUGAAACUUUUGCUUGGGAUGCUGCACCUCCCGCGCAGGACCGUGGAUGAGAUGAAGGAGGCUUUGUCAGAGAUCAUUCAGCUGGCCACAGUGGAUUCUGAGCCAUGGGUUUUAAUGGUGGCCGAUAUCCUGAAAUCCUUUCCAGAGACAGGCUCACUAAACCUGGAGCUGGAAGAGCAGAACCCUAACGUACAGGACAUACUUGGAGAGUUACGUGAGAAAGUAAAUGAAUGUGAAGCGUCAGCCAUGUUGCCUCUGGAGUGUCAGUAUCUGAAUAAAAGUGCUUUGACUACACUGGUGGGGCCGCUCACUCCACCAAUUAAGCAUUUCCAGCUGAAGAGGAAACCCAAGAGUGCUACGCUCAGAGCUGAACUGUUGCAGAAAUCCACAGAGACGGCCCAGCAAUUGAAGAAGACAGCAGGAGUGCCGUUCCACUCCAAAGGAAGAGGGCUGGUAAAAAAGAUUGACACCACGACACCACUGAAGGGAAUUCCCAAAGCACCAUUCCGCAGCCCUACUACCCCAAGUAUGUUUAGCCCUCCCAGCAACAGAACUCCUAUCGCCCCUGCACGUACGCCCCUGCGCAAGGAGAGAGGAGUCAAGCUGUUGGAUAUAUCUGAGUUGGAUAUGGUAGGAGCUGGCAGAGAAGCCAAGAGGAGAAGAAAGACUGUGGACACAGAAGCUGGAGAGAAGGCUGCCAAAGAAGAGGCUGUGGUCGAGAAUGCAACACCAGACUAUGCUGCUGGCUUGGUAUCCACACAGAAACUGGGGGCACUAAACAGCGAGAGUGCCAUGCCAUCAACCAGCUACCUUCCCGCCACCCCCAGUAUGGUUCCCACCUCGUCGUAUAUUCCCACCUCAGAGACACAGCCAGCAGCGAAUGCUGGUGGUUCAGGGCGCGAAACUACAAACCGGCAGUCCGAAGAGUUGUCCACACCCAGUGCUGCUCCUGCUUCACUACCUAAUCAGUUUAAACAGCGGCCGCCCAUGUAUAACGCCAGCACUGCCAGUCCCACCGCCCCUACUUCACCCACCACGCCAACCAGCACCCCCACCAACAAUGCCCCGCCCUCUGCUGCAACAGCCGCACAACAAGACAUGCCCACGCAGUCACCCACCACCGCACCCACACCAGCGCCUCCACAGACCCAACCCAAAAAGAACCUGUCGCUCACGAGAGAACAAAUGUAUGCCGCCCAGGAAAUGUUCAAGACCGCAAACAAAGUCACAAGGCCAGAAAAAGCCCUUAUCCUGGGCUUCAUGGCAGGAUCGCGAGAGAACCCCUGUCCAGAGCAGGGUGACAUCAUUCAGAUCAAACUGAGCGAACACACAGAGAUUCUACCCAAAGCCGAUGGAACCGGCAGCACCACCAUGCUGGUGGACACAGUGUUUGAAAUGAACUACUCUACCGGGCAAUGGACCCGCCUCAAGAAAUACAAACCCAUUACCAACGUCUCCUGAGGAGGACUGGGUUAACAAACUUACACACAAACACACACACACACCUGCUCGGUGCGUUUACAUAGACACAUAUGUAUACAUUCACACGCUCCUCUUAAUCAUCAUCUGAGGAGGACUUCUUUAUAAACACAAGUACCAUGUACACAUGCUGGACUGUACAUGUAUAUAGGGGCCAAAUUCUUAGGUAUUGGGAAUUGUAGUGGGAGAAUUUUUGGAUAUUGGUUUCCGACAGGUGCAGGACUUCCCGCUUCAAUGACCUCACAUUCUGUUUGUUCCUGCAUUGCCAAAGACAGGGACCCUCUUAUUAGACAGUUGUUUUCUUUAUCUUUUUGUUAACAUUUGUACUGUUUCUCGUUUCGGAUUCCUAGUGUCAGGGAAAUGUUGCAAAAUUGAGGCAGGGGUUGUUAGUUUUUAUUGACACGUGAUUACAAGAUCUUAAAAGGGUACAAACAUGCUAUAACCGUGUCCCACAAAUUAAAAAAGCAUCCAUUUUCAAAGUGAAUAUGUUAGGAAAAAGUUCCUUCUUGACCAAAGGGCAGAAAAAAGAAAACAAACAAAAAAGAGAAGUGUAAAACUGGUUAUUUUGUGUUCAAAAUGUUAAGAAUAUUACUUUUUAAAAAGAGGAAAAAUAAAAGAAAGUGUCCAGA